AUGUUGAAGGAUGCACCCAGUGUGAGAGGAGGUACCCCAUCAAUUGGACGAGAACUAUCGUCCUCUACACCACUAUUUGCAACUCCGCUUGGCAUCGGAAUCGGGACGCCUAUUUUGAAUCCGAAUGUAGGCAGCAGCCAAUCUGGCCUCGAUAUGGCUGUAUCAGCGGCAGACAGUGGUGUGCCUGCCUCUGAAGCUGGAGGUCAGUCAGCUUCCAGUGAUGGCGGUGCAGUAGCUGCCAGCGCAACGCCUGCAGUAUGGACGCGAUUCCGGGCACAGGCGAAUAUGUGGAUGGCCUUAGCGGAGCUGUUCUUGGCGGAAGGUCGGCUGAAUGAUGUCGCCCCAUGCGUAGAGCAGGCUGCUAUUCUAUUCCCACAUGCACAUCAGGCUUUGUACCUCAAAGGUCGGUUAUUCGCAGCGAAAGCUGAAAAAGCACCGGAUGAAGCAACAGCGGCGAAAUUUCGUGCGGAAGCAAAUGCCUCCUUCUUAUCCGCAUUGGCUCUGUGUCCGUCGCAUACACCCAGUCUGUUUCACCUUGCCAAACUCUAUACUGCUGAUGGGAAUAUUGCAAUGGCUGAACAAAUGUACAGGGAGUUGGUGCGAGUGGACCCGUUGAACUGUCAAUGGUGGCAAGAGUUAGGCUGUUGCCUGAUGCGCCGAGAGUGCGUGGACCGAGCCAUGGAAUGUUUUUCGGCAGCUUCUCAGCUCGACCGAUCUACACCGCUUCUCUCAUUUGCUUCAAUCCCACUUGUCUUUCCAUCAUCAUUCUAA